AAUACUAUUCCAUGCGAAACUGUAUGGUAGUGUACAAAACGCGGCGCAACGUAUGAAUUAAUGAAUUGAGCAGUUGAAAAGUGUGAGACGCGUCGCGACGAGUAAACUUUGAAAACGAAAGUGCAAAAACAAUUUAAAUUUUUAGCCCAAUAUUAACUCUAUUGUGUGAAAAUAAAUAUGCUGCCCGCCAACAUUGGCGCAGCGGAACAUAAUCAUACAAAAAUGGAAAUACAGAUGUCACCAUCAGUGAGUGUGAAACCGUCUCCGUCUCCUGUUGGUAGCGUGACUAGUGUAAAAACAUCAAAACCCAUGCCUGUGCGUUAUUUACCAAUUGCUGCAAUGCCCACCAAGCCAUGCCAUCUUACAGUAAAUAAUAACAAUAUUAAUAACAACAACAGCCACACUAUGGCCCCCAAAGGCAAUUUGCAGCCAAUUAAUGUUGUACAAACCAAUCACCAUAUCAGCCAAACGGCAUCCUCAGCUGCAGCGUCCAGUCCCUUCAUUCAAUUGACCCCCAACCCCAAUGGUUCAACCACGUUAGCUAUAUUGCCAGUGCCAGUCAAUGCCAAAGCUGGCAAUCCGCAGCCAGCCGUGAUGAUACUGCCUGCUCAUGCACAGAAUGGCGUCUCUGUCUCCAGCAAUACACCUAUCAACAGCACCAAGAUGGCGAGCCCAGUAGGAAUCACUGGAACGACACCGCAACCACAGACGGCGGUGUCGUCGACGACGACAACGACGACGACGUCAACGAUCCCGAAGGUAUUGCCCAACAUCACUGCACUGGUCUCCAUUGCUGGCAAAUCGGUUUCAGUGCCACUGAAACCCUCGGUAACACUAAGCAAAUCGGCUGUCGAGCAAAUACGGUUUCGUCUUGGCCACAUGAAUGCUACCAAAUGUGGACAGGUCCAGAAUUCCGCUGGGGGUUCCGUCAUUUUGGCCAAGGCACUCAAUGGCAAUAAGAAGAACCUAUGCAAUGGCAAUAAACCUGUAUCGAGGCCAGGCACACCCACUGAGAAUAGUGAAAAAUCAAAGCCAAAAGCACAGGAUCAGUGUCAGUCGAAGCAUCAACAGCACGUAAUGACCAAAGUGCAAAAACCCUUUGUUGCCGUCACCCCAAAACCCCCUCCAAGCAUUGCCACAGCCAGCAAAUUGAGUCCUGCACCAACCAAAACAACAACUGGCAUCAAACAAGUGAAAACUCAAGUAUCUGACACAAUAACAGCGGCAUCAACGUCAGUUCCGGCUCCAGCCCCAGUUUUACAAGCAGCACAACAGGAUGAUUUGAUGGCGACUGUUCAAAAUGUGGCAAUUCCGAGCGCCGUCAUUACACGGCCAGUUCCAAGUCCGCCAACUCCUAUUCAAAUUGUAUCAGAAGCAGCCGGAGGCAAUCGCACACAGCGUUCUAAAUCCUUGGCAGGUAACCGAACAAAUGUAUUGGAGCAGGGUACACCAGGACGUAGACAUUCGGUGAAUGUAAUGGCCAAAAUUGUAGCAGGACGCUCAGAACAGCAAAAAACAAUUGAAACCAUUACUAUAGAAGACGACACCGAUGAAGAGGACGUAUCACCUGAGCCACAACCAGUGGAAGCUGCUCAACCCAUAACAACAACAACAGCAACAUCACAAAAUGAAGACGUAUUAAAUGCAUUAAAAAGCAGUCCAGCUGCGAGCGAAAAGGAUGUGGAUAGCGAUGCAGAUAGCAGCGAUGUGGAGGAAGUUUUUGUGCCAUCUCCAAAGCCCGUAGAGUCUGCUGAUGUCAACAGACCUACUGGCCAACAGCAGCAGCAAUCACAGCAGAAUGUUCCAACAAUGCCAGCCAUUAACAUUGUUAAGGCCGAAACGCUGCCUGUGUCUACGGAGGACUUUGAAAAGUCGCUGAAAUGUGACGAGCAGGUGAUCAUCUCUUCACCCUCAUCGGCUUCUACCUCGUCGAGCUCAAUCAGUGGUAACACCUCCAAGACAUCUGCUCCAACUAUACAGCUGGCUCCAUUUGCACGGCUUGCUCAGCAACCGAAUGAAAACAUGCUAUUGUCAAAAGCGGAAGCACCCACGAACGAAAAGCGCAUCCCGCCCAGUAAAAGGUUUCACAGCUUGAAGCGCAGUAUGCAGAUGUAUUUCAACAUGGUUCAGUGGUGUAAUAAUGAACCCGCCAGCAUGCAGAACUCUAAGCUGCGCUUUGAUCUCAAUCACUUCAAUUUGCUGCAGUUAAGCGAGCGGUGUGAGCCGCGCCAGGGACCGGCCAGUUACUUCGAGAUGGCACUUUUUGAUCGUCCCGUCCGUAGACCGAAGAAAAACACGCACCCUUUGCUCGAUCUCUGUAUACGAUGCAAUGGUCAUGGCCCAGCUACCGAUUUCCUGGCACCACGUUUCUGUUCCAUCAACUGCGUCAAACGAGCUCAAAAACGUCGAGCAUUUAAACGCCGCAAUCCUGUCGUUUCACAGGAGUCUGCACCUGGCAAAAUGCCCCGCCAGUCUAUCGAUGCACGAAGCACAAGCACCGGCACUAAGAAACCUUUUCGUUGGAGCGACUAUUUGAUGAUGAAGGGCAAUAGCAAUGCCGCCCCAAUACACCUAUUUCUAAAUCCGUUCCCUAUCAGUCCGAAUUGCUUUGAAAUUGGCAUGAAACUGGAAGCUAUUGAUCCGGAGAAUUGUUCGCUCUUUUGCGUCUGCACCAUUGUCGAAGUGCGUGGCUAUCGUUUGAAAUUGAACUUCGAUGGUUAUUCCGCCAUGUACGAUUUCUGGGUGAACGCAGAUUCCAUGGACAUUUUCCCCCCUGGUUGGUGUGAGCGCACAAAUCGCGUACUGCAGCCUCCCAAGGGCUAUAACGCGGGCCGCUUCAAUUGGUAUCGGUACCUGGUGAAGACGAACAAAAAGGCGGCACCACGUUCGCUCUUUACGCACCUGAAUGCAUCGUCACCACCCUGCAUUAAUGGCUUCGAGGUGGGCAUGCAUAUUGAGGCCGAGGAUCUCAAUGAUACGGGUAAAAUUUGUGUGGCCACGGUGGCUGACAUCAUUGGAGAACGCAUACGCGUACAUUUUGAUGGCUGGGAUGAUUGUUAUGACUUUUGGGCACAUGUAAGCUCGCCGUACAUACAUCCCUGCGAUUGGCAUCAGGGUCGGCAGCAACUAAUAGUGCCUCCAGAUUUCCAUAAGUCAGUCUUCAAUUGGGUCGAUUAUAUACGGGAUAUGGGAGGCGUUGCUGCACCCUCAGAGCUCUUUACUCCCCGCGAGCCAAUGGAAUUUCAUUCGCAGAUGAAGCUUGAGGUCGUUGAUCAGCGCAAUCCAUGCCUCAUUCGCCCAGCGACAGUCGUCACGCGCAAAGGCUAUCGUGUGCAGCUACAUUUGGACUGCUGGCCAGCGGAGUACUAUUUUUGGCUAGAGGAUGAUAGUCCUGAUUUGCACCCGGUUGGCUGGUGUGAGGCUACUUCGCAUGAAUUGGAACCACCGCCUGGUUAUUUGCAGCGCCCGCCCCAAAUGCCCUGUGAUGUUGAAGGUUGUCGAGGCUUUGGAAAUGCCAAACGUUUCAAUCUAAAUGUACACGCUCUACGUGAUUGUUGUCCCUAUGCCCCGGAGAAUUGGCGCCAAUGGCGCUCUAAAACAGUGAAACCGCCGCGCGUAUCUAGUUUCCAGAUAAUCCGUGAGUUGCCACCUUCCGAAAGCGAACACCCAACACCAUUGUCAAUGACAAUGUCAAAUACUUUGAAGGUGGAGAGCUCGAAAAGGAAACUAUCAUCUGGUUCGAAAAAAUCCUCAGAAUAUACAGCACCGAAAUCUGUAAGACUUUCGCCCAUGCGAAUAAUGGAAGAGUCGCCAAUAAAAUUUGAAAGGGAAACAAAGCAUGCUGCGAAAAUAGAAAAGCCAUCAGUAAACGAAAACCAUGAAGCGCCAGCUGAAGUGGUCACCAGUGGUAUCAAACUGGAACCAAAUGUUGAGCAGCAAACUUCUGUAGAUACGGACCCAGCUAAAAAUGUUGACCUUGUUAGUCUGGACAUUGCCAAAACUAUUGUGGAAGACUAUGGACCACAAUAUAUAAGAAACUAUCGUUUGUGGCAAACGAACGGAGAUUUUAAAAUCGAUGAGAUCAAAACUAACCCAUUACACUGGACAAAUUGGGAUGUGUACGAAUAUAUCGAACGGUCGCUGCACUCUGAAGACAUCGCCAAAGUACUUCUCGAUGAGGAUGUCGAUGGAAGAGCUCUUCUUUUGUUGCGCCGCGAUGAUCUCUCCAGAUACUUAAAAUUGAAAGUGGGCCCGGCUGUUAAACUAUUCUCGACAAUUGUCAAUUUGCGUAUUGCGGCCGUGUGCAAAUUUGAAACAAGCAAAACCGGUCUAGACAUUAGUCUUGUCCGUCUGGAAGAUUACAGGAAUCAACAAAACAGCCCAUUCGAGCAUGAGAGAAUUAAAACCGAAAUUGGUCAUAUGGAUGAAGAAAAUGCAAAUAAUAUUGUAGAAGAUAGAGAAGAGGAUGUUGUCUUGGACAACGACGAUUUCUUAAGUGUAAAGCCAUCUACUAGCAUUGCCAAUCAUAAAAAGAAUUUCACUGACGGUCUAGAUAAUGAGGAAGCCGAAACAAGAGCAUCCUAGGAAUUCUGAUGUAUAAAACUCUUGCGAUUUAGGUUUUUCUAUAUACAUAUAUAAGAAUAUUAUACAUACACACUUACAUUAUUAUUAUCAUGGAUUUCUACUUUAUUUACCUAUUUUCUAAGCUUUGUUGCGCCCCUAUGUUUCAUUCUACCAAUAUUGGGUAUUAUUUUUAUUUACAUUUAAGCGAAUUUAUCUACUUAUAGUGUGUAUAUGCGUUUUUGA